UGCUCGGAGGGGAAUAGCGUGAGGAGGGAGGGGGGACCUGCUGCUGCUGUAGCGGUUGUACGUGAGGCCAGCGGCUCCCCCCCGCCGCGGAGCGUGAGGCCAUUCGCUCCCUGCGGAUUCCGCUUGGGCUCGCCUCGUCGCUGGUCACUUCUCGGCGGGAUUCCGUUGGGGAGUGGGGAUGGCAAGUGCCGGGCACAAGCGGAUAAUCCAAUUCACUGGAUUUAAAAAACGGGAGAAAAAAGCGCUGCUGAAGUGGCUGUUCAAACUGGACUGUGUGUUCAUAGAUACUAAGAAAUACAGGAAUUGUACACACCUGAUAGCAAAAAAGCUGUGCAAGAGUGAAAAGUUUUUAGCUGCUUGUUCUUCUGGAAAGUGGAUACUAACUAAGGAGUACAUAAUUAAUAGUGCCGGAAGUGGCAGAUGGCUUGAUGAAACAAUGUACGAAUGGGGAUAUGAAAUUGAAGUAGACACCCAUUAUUCACCUCAGAUGCAAUCUGCACCUAAAAGAUGGCGCGAAGAACUGACACGUUCUGGUGCUCCAGGGGCCUUCCACGGAUGGAAAGUUGUCCUUCCCAUUAAGGAAGGUGAUAAACAAAUGGCAUGUAUUAGAAGAGUUCUUCAAGCUGGAAAGGCAGCAAUAUGUUCAUCACAAGAAGCAGAGGAUAAUAUAACUCAUAUUUUCGUCAGUAAUAAGACUUUUGCUAUGCAAAGCAAAAAUUGUCUCUCUGAAGCUCAUUACUACCCUGUGCAAUAUGUAGGACAUUACAUUUUUGAGAAUGAGAUACAAAAUACUAAAGAUACUAUAAUGGACCAUUUUCCGGCUGCACAAGAAGGAGACAAAAUCAUGUCAAACAUGCAGCUUGCUGAAAUGAAAAAUGCUGUUAUAAAACAUAUGUAUUUUGCUGAGGCUAUUAAGCACAAGUUUGCUCAAGAAGACCAGCUGAGCAAAUGUGGUGCAGAGGUUAAAAAUACUGACCUGUCCAGAGGCACAUGGUAUAUGCUUGAAGGAUUAGUUGAAGAGUGUUUAUUUCCUGAUGUAAUCACAGAACUUGCUGCUAAUCAGAAGUACUUUACACCUCCUGUGCACCUUAUUAAUUCUCUUCUAGAAUAUGUCCUAUUGGGAAAUACUGAUGCAUUAUUUUAUGCUAAGUUUUAUCACAUUUUGUACCUUAUUCUCCAACAUGAUCCACCUUGGAAGUCCCCAUCUAUGUUAAAGUAUUAUUUGGAACUUCUUCAGUGUCCUGUCUGUAAGAAAGGCACAUGGUCCUUGAUUGAGGUGCUUGUAAGGUCUUGCCUUCAUUGCAAAGCCAUUUGUCAUGCAGUCCCAGUUUCAGGGGGAGGAAAUGAACAGAGGAUAGUUCACAAAAGAUUAUUGAAGUUUUUCUUUGAGUUAGUAAAAUCUGAAGUAGAGUAUCUGACAAAAAGUUUGGUUGAAGGGACCAAUUCACAGCAUCAGCAAGUCAGGCCACAGACAGUUCUUCUAAACACCUUUUGGCUGGGAAGUGAAACCUCGGUGCUUUUUACCAAAAACAUAAAUAUGUUAGCAGAUUGGGUCAUAACUUCCCAUAGAAAAUUGAACAGAAAAAAUGAUGCUUUCAUAUGUGAAGUAAUUGGUCUAUUAAAUGCAAUUCUUGGAACUGUAGUGGAGUAUUGGAUCAUCUCAAGUUUGCUUAUGGGCAGAAAUGUGUUCCAUCAAAUAUCUGAUGAUUUGGCACAGUACCUUGCCAUUGCAUGUGAUGAUUUUUCAGUGCAUGAAUUAGAAAAGUUCAUUUGUUCCAUACCAUCCCUCUGGCUUCAAAUGUUUGUUGCAGAAGCAGUUUUUAAAAAAGUGUGUUUACAGAAGAGUAUAACUAUUUCUGCAGAACCUCUUUCUCUUCAGAAAAUAGUCGGUUCCUAUUUGCCUGUUUUGCAAGAGAUAGGGAUGCAUGAAGCAAGAGAGAUACACAAACCAAAGAAAAUAGGGCAGUGGCCAUGCCCUGAGUCUCAAAGGGCAUUACAGAUGCUAAAUGGCAAUAAGAACGAAGUCAGAGUGCUGCCUGAUCUACCUGGCUUAAUCUUUAAAAAGCGCCCUCCAUUGACACAGAUGGUUGGAGCAGAAGCAGAAGGUGAGGCUGCAUAUACCAAAGAAAAUCACCGCCGUUUGGCUGAAGAGGCACAUUUUAACAGAAGAAAUAUUAAAGGAGAGACAGCCCUGCAUAAAGCUUGCAUAAGUAACAAAGUGGACAGAUUGAUUCGGCUUCUCUCUUUGCCUGGAACAGACAUUAAUGUUAAAGACUAUGCUGGCUGGACGCCUUUGCAUGAAGCCUGUAACCAUGGCAGCACAGUGUGUGUCCGUGAAAUUUUGCAGCGUUGUCCAGCGGUAGACCUGCUCAGUCAAGUGGACGGGGUGACUCCUUUGCAUGAUGCACUGUCAAAUGGACAUGUAGAAAUUGGCAAGCUGCUACUUCAGUAUGGGGGACCAGUUCUUCUACAGCAGAGGGAUUGCACUGGAAAAUUCCCACUGGAUUAUGUUGAGUCCAUCCCAGUAAAGCAAGAACUUUUGAAUGUUGUUCAUCUGGAAGAGAGGAUUGAAAGCUUCUAUGAACACACAGAUCAAGAUUUUUACAGUCAGCAGAGAGAACUGUUGAUGAUUUUAUUUAAUAAGAUGCUGUUGAAUUUUUGUUCAGUUUAUAAUCUGUCUUCACCCUUUACUUUAACUCUCAGAGAGGUAGGUUGUUCAAAUGUACUUCCAGUAAUGGCUCUUGGUAACUGUGAGAUGAAAAAUACAUCUUCUGCAGAUUGGCUAGUAGAUACAUAUUUUAGAGAGCUAGAAACUUUUCAAAAGCUUCCACAGUUUCUUCAGGAAAUAUCUGCAAAUAUGGAUUUCUUCCCUGGGGAUCAGAUGAAGGCUUUAUUAGCUACUCUGGAAACCAUGGUAGAGGCAUUCAAGCUCUUUGCUUAGAUCGUUUUAACAACAAAGAAACUGCGCUGGUUGAAUCCUUGAGCUUUCACCCUUGGUGCUGGCCUAAAUUUUUUCUGGCAACUGAAGCAGUACAGAUUUCACAGCCUACACAAGCCCUACACGAUAGUAUCUCUCAUGUUGUUAAUACUUUCCUCUAGCAGAACCUGCAAGUCAGAUGCAUUGGAUCAAUGCACUUUUGAGGCAUUUUUUUCCAAUACUAAUGCCUUCUAGUUUUCUAGCAGAUCUGGAUGCAUCUGACCACCUGUGCUAUAUCAUUUGUACUAAGUUAAACUUUGCAUUUUCAGUCCUGGGAAUCUUUGUUACCCAUCUCAUGCCAUAGUUUACUUUGGUUUCCAGAAGUACUGUUGCAAAAACAAGCAAUAUUUCCUUUAAAAAGGCUUGUGUCUACCUAUUUUAAUAUCCUUUAAUAAAAGUAAUAUUACAGAUAUCUGUCAUUAAAACAUGUUGAAAAGUGAAUUCCUUCUAUCCAUUUUUGUCUUGUCUUGUAAAAUUAAAAACACCGUGUAAAAUUAAAAUCAGAAGGUAGUAUAUCUGUAUUUACAGAAUGGAUGUACUAGCAUUUCACAUGCCUUUGUGAAUUUCAUAGAAAUGUUUACACAAAGGUGUGUGGAAAAUCUUCUCCCUUGUCAGCAUGCAGUGCUUGUGGUCACAUUCAUUUCUGCAGUGGCUGAGUUGAGGAGGCUGGUGCAGAUAGUCAGGUGAUUUGCACUAUUCCAGUGGGGACCCUAGAGCUUUAAAAUGACCAAGUCAUUCUGCUGCUUCCCAGUACAUUGACUUGUCAAAGGGCCAAAUCUACCCACAGCAUAAUAUACAGAGUCCUUGGCUGUGCUGCAACUUGUGUUGGCUUGCAGUUGUUUGAUAAAUCCAUUACACUGGGAGUGUGUAAAAUGAUCUGGUAACAGUCCUGGGAUUCCCUCAACUAAGGAUGCCAAUGGUAGCAGUGGCACAAAUCUAGUUAUGUUGGCAGGGAAAUUUACAGAUGAUUAGACAAAAUGAUCUAAGUGUAUACUGGGCAUCAGAUUCUGACACUAAAUAUAGAUCUGAAAAAGUACACCCCAUUUAGUAUGAGACUUGUUCUUUAUUCUGUAAACAUGCAAACUACAUACAAUAAACCCUCUGAACUAAUCUUCUAAUUUAAAAUUGUGUGCUACAUAUUCUAUCAGAUGGUCCUUUUAAUUAAUUAAGAGAAAAUCCUGUGCUGUUCCUUAAAAGAUGUUGAGGAUCAUGAGGCAGCUGAACUACAUUAUUGUGUUGCAUGGGGCUGAGGAUGGCGAACAGUUACAUAUUUUGGAGAUGUCUUAUUGCAUAUGUACACAGCAACAAGUACUUUUCCUGCCUUGUGUCUUGUAGGGUGCCGAAUUCAUCUCAGACUAGGGUCUGGGAAGAGACACUGGUUAAGGUAGUUUAUUUCUUCCAGGGGGAGUGAAGGGAGUGCUGCUUUAGAAUGAGAAUACCUUAUAGUUUUCUAAAAGAUUCAAUAAUAAAUUAGGAGUAGUUUAAAAUCAUAGCAAGGAAGGUACUAGUUAGUGACACUUCCAAUUCUUCUGUAAUAGCCAUUUACAGUAUUUUAAGAAGAACCCUUAAAGAAAAGGUGUAAAUAAUAGCUGCUUCUAAAGCUGAUGUUGGUUGACCAGAGGGAAUGUUGAUGCAGCUGGCUUGGGACACAUUAAAACUUCCAUUUAGCCUUUCUGCAGCUGAGACACAUGAUCUCAAAGCAAUCUGCUGAAGAUGGUCAGACUGAGUUGGUCUGAGAAGCAGACCUUCAUUGUGUGGAGUGGUUAUUAAUGACUGAUUAUUAUUUUUAUACAUUCAUGCAGAACAGCCUGCUCUAAUGGAGUAAAGGGACAGUGAAUACUGGGUUUGUUUUUGUUUCUGCACUUUCUAUUUUUCUCUAGUAAGAAAGCAAAAGUGAAAAAAUAUCAUGUAUGGGAUGAACGACUAAACAUCAGUAUUCCCUGUUGCAGGAUGCAAUAAAAGAAAUACUAUAUACGUACAUUCUAAACAAUGCAAAAUAUGCAUUUAAGUUGGCAAUAUUAACAUUUUCUUUAGUCAUGAAUUUGAACAGUAGUCGGAAAUUUGAAAUAAUGACUUGGAGAACCACAGAAAAAACUUCUGGUGGAUCUGGAAAAGCAAAUGCUUCAAAAUAUUUGUAUCUAUUUCUAAUACAUUAGUGAAUACUGAAUAAAAUGAAAGCUGGAAAAACA